UUUCGAUGGGUUUUUUUUAGACUAUAAGCGUGUUAGUUAGAGUUCGUGGUGUGUGCAGGGGUAGUAGUAGUUUUGCUAGCUAUCGCUACAUGGCUUCAUAGCGAGCGCUGAGAAGAAAGACUGCGCGCCGGGAUGGCCAUUAGUGCAGGCUGAGUGGUAUUAUAAAAAAAAAAAAACAUUGUAAUCGUUUUUCUGGUAAUGACCUGAAUUAAAUUGUUGCUGUUUCAACGGUUGAUUUCAUGUUCUUUAACACCCAUAUAUUUAUUACACUCCAUGCUUUGUGUUGCUUUACCCUUUUGCUUGUUCUGUUCGGGCAUUUCUUCCCUCUGCCCCAACGGGGAUGCUGCAGUGGCGGAAGACAUGCUAUGUCCAUGGCCAGGCAGAAAACUGGCUUCAUUUUCAAUUUAGGUUUGUCUUUAUGACUGACUUGAGUGUGUCGUUUGGGUUUACAUGUGAAAACUUUUUUAAUUGCAUUUGGCUUUUCAAUUUCCUAAACUGAAGGGACAGAACUUGAGUAUGUUGCCUCUUUUCCACUGGCUCUCCUGGACCCGGUUCCGCUGCCGUUUUUUCCAGCGCGGUUCUUGAUUUUUUUCGGUCCCUGCUCUGAAUAGGGGCUGAAUGGGGGGGUUGCAAGCUUUACACCUCUUCACUGAUUGGUCAUGGGCGUGGUCAGAUCCAAGCAUAAAGAAGAAAAACGGCCUUUUCUCAAACUCGUAGCAAGAAGAGAGAGAGAGAGAGAGAGAGAGUAGCAAUGGAGUCGUUCCAACCUACGUGUAAUCCGGGCAGCGAUGAGGUGGAGACUUUUCUGUCAAUUAUUGAGGACUGCAACAUUCAACACCAGCUAGACGGAGCGACUGGAAACGAAAAUGUAGCGGAAAGGAUGACCGGCUCCGGAUAUCACAGAACAUCCCAACAGUGCUGGGAAAAGGUGGAAAAGCUAAAAAGCGACUACAAAAACAUGAAAGACGACAACGGGCAGGGCGGGUCCAACCAAAACCCGAGGCAGCGGUUCGACCUUAUGGACGAUAUUCAUGGCCAUCGCCCUGCAAGUCGUGGAGGGGAGGAAAGCGUGGACAGCGACACCUCUCUGCUGGAGGACAUCUGCAAUGGAUCUCUCCCCCGUGGUGCAGAGACUGAAACCAAUGCGGAGGAUUUCCCGUCAUUUCUUUCGGUUCCCAGCUCUUCCAGCACCUCUACUUCCUCAGACUCUCCUCCCAGCGCUGGCUGGACACCGCUGCCGUCCAGCCAGCGCCGCCGCUCCGGGAAGAGACGAAGAAGGCGGGGCGUGUCAGACGUGAAUGAGGAAGAGGAGAACCGGCAGCAGCGUGAGCGGCACCACAGCUCAUGGAUGGAAAUCCUCCGGGAAGAAGCGGCCAUCCGAAGAGAGGAGCUGAGACAGGCGUCCCAUUUCUACACGGCCUGCCUCGGCCUACUGGGGGACAUGGUUGCAAUCCUAAGGGAGCGACAAGACGGACAGCAUUCAGCUGUAAAUGUUGAUAAUGAUACCAAGGAAAAUGCUGACRUCUAAAAGUGAAGAAUAAAUGCUGUGC